AUGGCAGAUUUUUUGUAUGCAGGUGGAACGCGGCCCGGAGGCGUGAAUAGGGAUAGGGAAUGUUGGCGAUGUGAUCCCGUGACGUGCCGCAUCCUCCUGUACACAGGACCGCCGGACAUGGCGGCCGCCCGUGAUGACGAAGGCAGCAACGGGCAGGAGGCGGGCGGGGCCAGCAUGGAGGAGGGGAGAAGCCCCAGGGAGGACACGCCCCCGGCCCCUUGUGCGGCGUUCUGUGGGCCGAGGGCGUGCUCCACUCUGCCGCCGAACAUCUCCACGCAGCAGCCCCAACCGACUCAGCGGGCAUUCCCCUCCCUCAGCGGUGACGGAGCCGAAGCGACGGCGCCUCUGGGGGCUGCGAGGGCUGGUGAAGAUGUUCCGGCGCCGCGUCAGGAGGAGAGCGGGCGAGAGCGUGAGCCCCCAGCCGUCCCACUCCGCUCUCCGGGCUCGCUCCACCUCGGAACUGGCGGUGGACAUCCAGCACAGCAGGAGCAGCGGCGGGCCCUACAACCAAGGCCUGAGUGUGUCCCACGACUCGGUCUUCACUCCGGACACCGCGGCCGACGGACACCACUCCCACUCCACGCCGCCUGCACUGGCCAUUGCAACGCGCGGGGUCAACAUGGCCGAGCUGAAGGCAGCGCUGCGCCGUCGUCGUGGGGACGACUCGGGCUCCGGCGACGACGACCCGGGACUACCCCUCUCCCCCCCCACCUCCCCCACCCCAAAGGGGGGACCCUCGACGUCCUCAACCACGGGCUCAAGAGUUGUUCUCGGGCCACGCAAAGCACCUGCAGUGACGGCUCCCUCCUCUCCAUGGGAAGCUCCGAAAACGAUGAGGACUCGUUUGGCGCCAUCUCUCACCACUCGUCCAAGGUGUCGCUUCUCGAGGGUCGUCACCAGGUCGUAGACCACGAGCCGUUGGCGGGCGCGGCGCCCCUCAGCCACCAGGCCGCCUUCCACAAGAUCUCCGUCAGGCCCAAGAGGACCCACGGCGCCCCCCGCAUCAGGAGGUCCACGCAGAUCGGUGGACAGAGGAGUCUUCCCACAACACCAGAAGUGAAUGAGGAUGCCAAUACAAAAUCUGGGACUCCCUCGAAGGUUCCUACGUCUGCCUCUCCGUCAACGCCUCCAGAGUUACCUUCUCACACUGCUUUCGAUGAAGAAAGCAGCCCCUCUCAUGAGCAGCACAUCAGCAUUGAGCGACGGGAUUCAGAAAAGAAAGAUAAAGAGGACAAGAAAGAUGAGCCUCUACUUCAGCGUCUCUUUGGCAGUGUGCGCUCGGGUCGACGGCGGUCGCGUGGCAAUGGUGAUGACAGCCGGGAAAACAGUGUCAGUCCUCUCCGGAGAGGAGGAGACCAACGAGCCUCAAGAGAGAAAAGGCGAGACUCUUCUGGCUCAAGGUUCUCCAUGCUGGGGCGAGCCUCCACGAAGGCACACAAUGAUUCUCAUCCUCUGCCUCCUUCUGGCCGAGCAAGAGAUCCUAGUCGGGAGAGACCUUAUAAAGAGGCAUCAUCUUCGCCACCACAGACUCCACGCUCGUCAAGUGUAGAAGGACGGCUAGAGAGCACUGGUCCUGGUCAGCAAUCGGCUUUCCAAAUUUCGUCUUAUGAAGAUUGUCCCUCGAGGCCUUUCAGUGGGGUGAGGAAAGUGAAAAGCUUCAGAGAAGUUGCAGGACAGCCAGAGACACAAAGAGAACCCAUACAUCGCAAAGUUUCAUCUCAGAGUAAUGUGGAGGAGAGAAUUAGCAUAUCUAGCAAGAUUUCAAGAAUAUCAGCCUCCUUUGAGAGUCUGGACAAUGAAAGUGACUCAAAGUUAACACACACUGCCAAUUCAAGUGGAACUUCUAGUACAGAAAUCUUGUCUACCUCACCACAACGUUCAUCAACAGACUCACUCACAAGCACACAGAUCCCUGGUGUAUUUAUACGUCAACACUCCCAGAACCAACACAGGGUCGGGAUUCCAAAGUAUCAAGAUCAAUUUCAACAAAGCCAUUAUUUGCAGCAAGGGAACCAGGAUUCAGGUUCGGGACCUUUGUCAUUGGACUCUAGUAUAUCUUUGCAUACAAAGGAAUCUGAUGAACAUAUGCGUAAGGCAUCAAGUGUGGACCAUGUGAGUUAUGUUGUAGGUUCAUGGCAGCCAGCUAAGGAUUCUGAAGUUCCAGACCCUGUUGUUCACAAAACAACAGAAAGCAAACAGGCAUUGGUAUCAAAGAAUAUAAGUCCAGAAAUUAAACCAGCUGACAGGGUUUCACCAAAGCAGGCACUACGUUCCCAUUCCUUGCAAGGGGAUGAUGCAGGACCUCCUGUUUCUGGCACUGAUGAAAGUGAGCCCGAGGGAGAACGUACACCUCGUCGCCCUCUCAAGAAGGAGCCAAGCAUGAAACGUGUUCCUCCACGUGAAGUGGAACCAGAUCCUGUACCUGAGUUUAUGCGGAUUCAGCUCAACAAGGUUGAAAGUAAAGGUCAGUCUGUUGUAUAUGAAACAGAGCAAGAAAAAGGUAAUAAAACUGAUGGAAAAGACAAAGAACUCAGAAAUCAGGCUGAUCCAUCCAUCAAGGAAAUUUCAGUGACAGAAUUGUCCGAUGGUGCUGCAGUUUACAGGUCUGAAACAAAGGAUGGUAAGUCUUCAUCACUUGGCAAGAGAGGAAGUGCUCAGUUCAGUAAAGGGUCACUGAGAGACGUUUCACCAUCCAGCGGAAAUGUAGAAAUUAUAGAUUCGGAUUCAAAUGUAGAAGGAACCACUCCAGACUCUACUGUGGAACGUGUUGUAUUACGAAAACCUUUAGUGUCUGAGAGAGCACCACUGAUGGAACGUGCUAGCUCUAUGUCCAGCCAGGUUACUUCCUCCAAAAAUGAGCAGCCUGAGUUGUUUAAGGUAUUUGCUCGAAGAUCCUUCAAAGUUAAGGAUAUUGAGAAGGAAAAAUCCGAAGAAAGUGAUAAUGAUGAAGAGGAGAAUAUAGAAGGAACAAGUGAAGUAUCAGAGGUCACCAUCAUACCUACUCGUGCUCCUGUUGCCUCACCUGCUUCUCCUGUACCUAGUAAAGAGACAUCAUUGCCUGCAACCUCAAUAUCUCUCACAGCAGGUCAUCAAAAGCCAAGUCUGAAUACCAUUUCUUUCAAUCGUAAAACUGUUGGCAAUCCAGCACUGUCGUUUUGUCCACCGCCUGUUACAAAUACAUCUGCAGCUGCACCUGGAUCACCCAAGGCAACAGUACUGGUUGUAUCUGGCAAUACCAGCCCACUACCAAUGAGCACAGAUCUAACUAAUAAUGCAGUCAGUACUUCUCGAAAUAUAAGUAACAUCACCACAACUAGCAGCACGAUGAUUAGUAGUGCAAGUCGAAGCAUUACCACUAUCACCACACCAAAUAAUGCCUCUGUCAAUAAGCCAAUAACCGCCCCCAUUCAUGGUCCCACUGUGCGCUCAUCAAAUGCCAUGGUGACAUCAGAGGCUGGGGUUACGGUUACUACUUCCAGCUCAUCCAUAUUUAGUAAGAUCAUCAGUAGAAGUUCAAGUGUAACAGCAACCAAUGAAGUUAACAAAAAUGAACAAGAAAGUGCUCCAGCCACACCACCUCCAGCAAAGCUGUCUGUAUCGGGCAGAUCUGGAUCAAGUAUUGUCUGGCCACCGCGUCCACUGCCACAAGAGGAAACCCAACCUGCUGUACAUUUGUCUCACACCUCACAUGCCAGUGUUGCAGGACCUCAGUCCAAAAAGGUGUCUAGGAGUCCAUCAUCCGUCAGUGAAUCUGAAGAUGCCAAACCAACAGACGUUACUGAGAGCAAAGAAGGACCUGUAGAGAUAUCACCACUGGACAUUGGAGCAGCACGACGAAGAUUCAUGAGUGGAGGUAAAGACCGUCCACAAGCACCAGCAACUCCUCCAUCUCAGAAUGUAAGUUCAGUAUCAGCUGCAACAGUGCCCUCUUCCCCAGGAACUACGUCACUGCUGUCUAAACCAUCAUCGGCACCAGUAACAGAAACUCGCAGUGCUGCUCCAUCCUUUACUGUCACUGUACGAACCCAAUCACCUGCAAGUGUUGCUCACACUGAUUCUCAAGCCCCAACUUCUGCAGUCACAAACACCUUGGCAGAUAGUAAUGUUACUACUUCUGUAAGUGCUAACACUGGCAAAUCUGAACAUGGAGUAGCUCAGCAAGCGGCUGAAGACUGGAGGGUGCUUGUGAGGCAGCGCAGAGAAGGGAGGCUGAAGCAGAGCAAGACACCCGACACUGAGGAAAUUAUUAUUGAGACUCGACCACCAGUUUCGAGGAACAGCAAAGUGCUCGAGAUGGCCAACAACUUCCAGAAGCUUCAGGUUGCCUAGCAGAAGUUUUGUCCAGGACAACUCUGGCCGCAAUGAUUAAAAGAAUUGCGAAAAGUCUUUUUUACUAUUAAGUGUUGUUGCAAACUACUUAUAUCUGUUGGUAAUUUUCAACCAGGCUAGGUUAUGCACUUGUGAUGUGACUUGUCAUUAUAAUUCUUUCUUUGAGGAUCUUUGUUUGUUUUGAUGUUUUGUAUCUUCUCCUUUUUAUCAUAAGUGUUUAUCUACCAUAGCUGUUGCACUGAAUACAUUAAUAUUGGUUUUACACUUCAAUAAACAGUGAUUUUAUAGGAUGGUCACAGUUCUGAAAGUGGCUUGAGGUGCAUUGUAAGCUUGAAGACAAAAAGUAGGCAAGAAUUAAAUUCGUCUCAAAUAAGAAUUUGUAUAUUUGGAACAGGAAUUGAAUUUGCAGUUCUAUUGAAUUUUUUUUUUCAUUGAAUCAUAAUUUGUGGUAUUAGUAAGUGGUUUUAAUUAAUUUUCUAUGCAUAAGAAAUGCUAUCGACUCUUUUCUCCUUUUUUUUUUUGCCAGAUGUAAAAGCUACAGGGUUCUAAAUGACAAUAAAAGCAAUGGAAAACUAGGAUUGUGAAUUACUCAUCGCUUUAGGAGCAUGAUGUAGGGUGACACUAGGUUGGAUGUGUGAAAUAAGCUGUCCUUUUAUUUUGAGCCAUCGUGAAUGUUAUUCUGGAAAGCAUGUUGUUAGUAAAUUAAACAACAGAUGUUUAGGGCCCUCUUAGAUGUGGGGAAGAAGAUACUAUUAAGCAGAAGCUAUAAAUAUUUAUGUAAAUAAAAUAUAGAUAUGCCUACCAAAAUGUUACAUAAUUAUAGAAUUUUGAAGUGAAGUUAUUUGUGUCAUAACUGCUUGAUGCGAAAAGCAAACAGCUAUGACUAAAGACUUCAAGACUGUGUUGUAAUAAAGCAUUUACAAAGAUCCUUGUUUCAUGUACUGAUGUAAAAAAAAAAAAAAGAUAAGGAUUAUAAGUGUAGCAAAGAUAACAUAUAGACGCUGUGUAUAUAAUGUGUAAAUAUCUUUUUUGACAAGAAGUAUGUUUAGUCAUAGAUUAUGGGAUAUACAGGUUUGUCAAAGUUCCAGAUGGAUAUAAUGAUGUUCAUUAUAAAGCGGCAAUGCAUAUUGCUUUACCUUUUUUUUUUGUUUUUAUUUGUUUUUAUUUUAUUUAUUUAUUUUCAUUUUUUUGUAAAAUUUCUUUUAUUAGUGAACUGUAUAAUUGUAGCUUAUAUAAAGAGGCAAAAUUUCUACAAAUCUCAAUUGUUAGAAUCUGUGGAUAAUUUUAUAUAUAUGAAUAUACACACACAGCUAUCUUACAUUUUUAGUAUCAUGACAUAUUCAUUCAGGUUUGUAAUAUACAUAAAUAAAUGGAAUGUAACAGCAUAAAACUUUAUACCAAAAAUGUAGGACUAGUUUGAUUAACAGAUUCCAUUUCCCAGUGAUAUAUAUAUAAACACAAAGUCCAACAAAUGUAAAUAAAUGCUGAGCAUCCAAAUGGCAUUUUCUUAUACUUUGUGACGUGUUUUACUCUCCAGUUUAGACACUCACAGAAAAAGAACAAACAGUUUUAUUAUAUUUCAUUUACACGCAGGAAAAAAGGAUAUUUGAUCAUAUUCCAUGUAUGUUUUACUACCAUUUCUAGCGCCAGAAAAAUAUCAUGAGAUAAUACACACAGCAGUGUUUAUUAGUAUUGAAGGGAACUUGUGGUGCAUUAGUACAGGAGGGGACUUGUGGGAGACUGAGGUUCUUGCACAUUCUGCAAAAUAAGUUGCAAAAUGCAUGUCCAGCACCUUUAAUGUUUAUCCCCUGAUACAAGUUUAUUAUAUACUGUAAUUCAACCAUAUGCUAUAUUUCUCCACCAACCAGCAUUUAUAAUUUCUUUUACCUGUGACCCUCUCAGGGCAUAGCUAUCUGGCAUAUUUUCUUUCAUAGCUGAGUAAUUCCGUUUGGUUUACCCCUUUAAAAACUGCAUGACUUUCACACUUUUCUUUUCUUUUCGUCAUCUCUCUUGUGUGUGUUCAAUACCGUUUUUAUUAUUUGUAUAGUUUGUAUAAUUUUUCUCUUCUCUUUUUCAAUUUAAUCCUACACCUCUUCACAAAAUAUUCUACUUUUAUUCCCGAGAGAAUAAUGUCUUACGAUAAUUCUGCUCUUUUUUUUUUUACUCCCACUCUUGUUAGAAAUGUUCAGUAAAUUUUAGUAAUUCCAACUAUUUUUUCACUAUCCCCAGUAUUCUCCUCUUAACGGAUGCUACGACUAGCAUCGUUAUCAUACGGUGACUGGUACUUAUGGUUCUAUUUGUAAUCUGCUAAUUAUUUUCUGUGAUAAAAGCAAAAAAUAUGGAAAAAAGUGGAGGGAUAUAUAUAUUUUUUUGUGCCCAUCUUUAUUAAAACCUCAAUUAUACCUUUUUUGGAAUGUGAUCAGUCAUAAUUUCACUGUUUUUUAAAUCAUGUUUCAUUGAAAUGGAACAUAUUUUUAGAUUUUUCUUUUUCUUUUCUUUUUCUUUAGUUAGAUGUGAAUUUAUUAUGGAGGAUUAUGUUCAUUUUUUUAACAUUUUCAUUUUGAAGAACAUGUUUAUAUACAUUCUUGAUAUUUUCUCUUUUUUUCAUUUAGACAUAUACAAUAUCAAGUGCCUCUGUUUGCAAAGUUUUCAUUGCCUUUGUAACAUACAUGUGAUAUUAUUUUCCCAAAAUUAUAGGCUGUAUUCUAAAAGUUGGUCAAGGCAGAUCAACUUGUGGUUCACUAUAAUGUACAUUAAAUUAAAUACUUGAUUAUUUAGAAAAAGAAUUACAAGUGUGUGUCUACAUUAUGUGCCUUUAAUGUACAUAAACAAUGAAAAUGUGUGUUUAUUAGCCCUGUAUCACAGAAUAAUGUAAAAUGGAUAUUAAUAAAAUCUUAUGGUAAAAAGUA